AUGGCAGGAAAGAAGACAGGCGACGAAGUCGUUGCCGGCAAGUCUCGAUCAUCACAAGCAGGUUUGACAUUCCCCGUUGGCCGCCUCCAUCGUUACCUCAGAAGAGGCAGAUACGCGGAAAGAAUAGGAAGCGGUGCUCCCAUCUACAUGGCCGCUGUUCUUGAGUAUCUUUCCGCUGAAAUCCUCGAGCUGGCAGGUAAUGCCUGUAGGGAUAAUAAGAGAUCCCGCAUCAAGCCAAGAGAUCUUCAACUCGCCGUCAGAAACGACGAAGAGCUCAACAAGCUUCUUGACAAGGUGACCAUCUCAGAAGGUGGCGUACUUCCUUGUGUCCAAGCGCCACUCUUACCCGCCAAAAGCAAGAACAGCAAGAAGAGGGUCAGUCAGACUACGACUAACGUGGAAGAGAGUGGUCCAGUAUAA